AUGUCCUGCCUCAUCCAAGAUUCCGUCUUCGGCCAAUUUAUCCGCCUCGUUUCGCGCGGCCGGUACUUCCGGUUCGAGGAGCAAAAAGACCCCUCGCUAUGGCAGCAGUACAUCAACCUCGACAAAUCGGGCCGCAUGGCCUACACUGGUCGUCCCGAUGCCGAUGAGGUACCGGAGCCUGAGCGUUUCAGCGCAGCCGACACCGAGUCCAUGACGAGAGUACCCUCGACGGCGUGGUCACAUAAUGGCCGCCGCUAUCAAGGCAUCACCGGAGCCGCCAUUGACCCGGAAAAGGGACGCGACGUGACCAUCAUCGACUGGUGGGAUGAUCAUGAUCCGGAGAACCCUCAACACUGGCCGCUAUGGAAGAAAGUUGUGGUGACCUUCGAGAUCUGCCUGCUCACCUUCAGCGUGUACAUCGGUAGCGCCAUCUACAGUGCUGGUAUCGAGUCAGUUAUGAGCGAAUUCCAGAUCAGCCAAGUCGCAGCUACCCUAGGACUGACCCUGUUCGUGGCUGGCUACGGACUGGGCCCGCUUCUCUGGUCGCCCAUGAGCGAGGUGCCCCAGAUCGGUCGCAACUCCGUCUACAUCGCGACACUAAUUGUUUUUGUUGCUUUGCAAGUCCCAGCUGCAUUGGCCGGGAACCUCGGCACCCUACUAGCCUUUCGCUUCCUGACUGGCUUCUUUGGCUCGCCUGCUCUCGCAACGGGCGGCGCCAGCCUCGCCGACAUGUUCGCUCCUCGCAAACGCGCCUACGGCAUCGGCAUCUGGGGCAUCAGCGCCAUCUGCGGCCCCGUGCUCGGUCCCCUAGUCGGCGGAUUUGCCGCCCAAGCCAAAGGCUGGCGCUGGACGAUCUGGGAACUCAUGUGGCUAUCAGGAUUCACACUAGUUGUACUUAUAAUCUUCCUCCCAGAGACCUCCUCCAGUAACAUUCUGUACCGACGCGCCCGCCGUCUCCGCAAACUGACCAACCGGUCCAACUUGCGCAGCGAGCCCGAACUCGCCAGCGAACACCUCACAGCGCGAGAACUCGCGAUGAUGACGCUCGUCCGGCCCUUCACGCUCAACUUCACCGAGCCCAUGGUCUUCUUACUGAACCUAUACAUCGCCCUGAUUUACGGUCUACUCUACGUAUGGUUCGAAUCCUUCACCAUCGUAUUCUCAGGUAUCUACGGCUUCAACCUCGGCCAACAGGGUCUCGCCUACAUCGGCAUCCUAACCGGUGCCCUGAUCACCAUUCCUCCAUAUUACUGGUGGAUGCACAAAUACCUAGAACCGAAAUUCGACCCCGAGACAGGAAAUGUUCCCCCAGAGGCGCGUCUCCCCCCCGCUAUCGUGGGAGGCUUCUUCAUCCCUAUCUGUCUGUUUUGGUUUGGGUGGAGUGCCCGUCCCUCUAUUCAUUGGAUCAUGCCGAUUGUCGGGAGUGGAUUCUUCUCCGUCGGUGCGUUCUUGCUCUUCAACCCCGUGCUGAAUUAUCUCUCCGAUGCGUACCCGGAGUAUGCGGCUAGUGUUCUCGCUGGGAAUGAUUUGUUUCGGAGUGCCUUUGGUGCAGGGUUUCCGCUUUUUGCGACGGCGAUGUAUAAGAAUCUGGGGGUCGAUUGGGCGAGCUCGACGUUGGCGUUUUUGGGGUGCGCGUUUAUUCCCAUUCCGGUUGUGUUGAUGAAGUAUGGGGGGACGUUGAGGAAGAAGUAUAGUCGGCAUGCAAGGAAAGAUAUUUAG